UCUCAAACAGCCUACAAUGCACUCCUCCCAUGUCCGACUUUGAGGCCGCGAGCAAGUGGCUGACCACGUCCCCUUCGGCGGGACAUCUCGACAACGAGAUAAAGCUCGAGCUGUAUGCGCUGUACAAGUUUGCCCUGACGGGCAGUGGGCCCACCGGCAAGCGUCCGGGCAUCUUCUCCUUCGAGGCGCGUCACAAGUACGAUGCGUGGGCGCGCAUUGCGACAGCAUUUGGCGGGCGACCGGACGACGCCAAGGCGCGCUAUGUCGAGGUUGCACGCGGAGCGGGGUGGAUGGGCAACGCGUCUCCGGGAGCUGAGGCCGGGGAAGGUGGGGUCGAAGUCGAGGUGAAGAAAAAGAGUGGGGGUAUGGGGUUCGGACCGAGCGUGAGCGUGAUGGAGCGUGAAGAGGGGGAGGAAGGUCCUGGCAGCGCAUUACAUGAUGCCGCAUCUGAAGGCGAUGUUGCGGCGUUGGACAAGCUCCUCGAGAGAAAUAACGUCAACAUCAAGGACGAAUACGGCUUCACUCCUCUCCAUCUUGCGGCGGACCGUGGGCGUACCGAGGUCGUUAAACUCCUCCUUGAGCGCGGGGCUGACAAGGCCAUUCUGGACCCGGACGAGCAGACUGCUUGUGACCUUGCCGCCGUGUCCGGCCGCGACGACAUCGUUGCGCUGCUGCGGUAGACAGAAUAAUUGCAUUGCUUGUACACUAGGUAGACAACUAGGCUCGGACAUCAUGAUCCCACAACCAGCCACCGCCGCUCACUUCCUCCUGCCGAGCCCGAAUAUGCCGCCUAUGCUACU